GGAGUGCGCCUCGAUCCAAAGAAGUUUGUAUUGGCACUCUUUCCGGGAAGUCUUCAUUUGGGGCAAAAGUCUGGGUCAGAGGCGGUGUCUUCCUCGUUUCGUCACCGUGGAAUUUUUGUUUGCGAUACAACGCCACGUUUUCUACUCCGUGUUGCAUGCUCGUUUCGCAUUUGAUUUCACCGGCUUCUACUGCAGCACGACCGACUUCUAUUUUCCAUAUCGUCUCCCUUUUUCUCUAUCGUGUCGUUCUCCAUACAUUCCUUCUUCUCGGUGAGUCGCUUGCUGCGUCUUUCCGUUCCGUGGUUCAGCAAGUCCUGACGGCCCGCCCGUUUGCAUGUCUGCAGGAAAGAACGAGCGGCCAUGCUUUCUCCCCGCGGAGGGGUUGUUCGGGCGUUUUUUCUCGGUGUUUCACCGCGCUGUCCUGUUAUCCUUCCACACUGAGGCUUUAGGAGACUCCCAACCAUAGGGGGAGGGGUUCCUGUUCUUCUUCCGGUCUCCCGUUGAGGGAUCUUCACUGCCGGAGAAAUCGCGGUCUUGGGUCGGAGAGAACUACCGCUGAGGAAUGCCGGAAAGGAGGGAAUGACGAAAGCCGCGUCAAUGGCUUUCUUUGACUUAAUCCGGCCACGACACCAGGUUCUACUCCGUUUCUCUUCUGUUGGUUAGCUCUUCACAGCAAACAAUGUCUGCCGCCGACGUCCACAGCAUUUUGUAUCGGGGCGCUGACCCCAUGCAACAGAAAUUCGAGCCACAGAAAGACAAAAAAGUGACGGUUCCCCGCUACUGGCCUGGGAAAGUUCCAGACAAGGCUGAAGAUGACCUUUCAGGUUCCUCCGAUGAAGAGGAUGUCGCCGUCAAACAGCAACGCAUGCAAGCCGUGCUCCAGGAGAGUAGCAGGCUGCACCGUCUGGCCCGAGCCGCCACAACUCUGAAGCCGGAUCUGCAGGAGCGGCGACGCAUCCACGAAGCGAUUGUGAUUGAGGCAGCCAAAGAGCGGGAGCUUUUGGCCGAGAAAGAAGAGGAGGAGGAGAAUGAGGAGGACGAGGAGGAAGAAGAGACAGACGAGGCCCGCGAGCGUCGACGACGUCUCGCUCUUGCUCGGAGACGAGAAGAAGAAAAGCUACUGGAGGAGCAACAGAGACAACAUCAACUCGAGGAAGAGGAAGAGGACGAUUCUUCCUCUGCGUACACGACAGAUAGCGAUGACAACGAGGAUCCAGCUUUCACUAUUUUACACAAACCGGUGUUUGUGCCAAAAGAGAAACGCGAGACUGUGAAGGAGCGCGAGCGACUGGAGGCGGAGGAAGAGAAAGAGAGGAAAGAAGCGGAGGAGCGCUUGGCGGAUCGGAAGCGAGAAUCCAAAAAAUUGCUUUACGAGGCCUUGCAGAAGGAAGACGAAGAAAUGAGGACGAACAUGCUCGGUGAACAGCUUCAGGAGGAAGAUUGCGAACUGCCUGAUGACACAGACGGUCUCGAUGCCGAAGCUGAGUAUGAGGCCUGGAAGGCUCGGGAGUUGCUGCGAAUCAAACGCGACCAGGAGGAGCGACAGGCUCGCGACAAUUUCUUGGAAGCUCUGGAGAGGAGACGGCAGAUGACCGAGGAAGAGAGGCGGCUCGACGACAAGCAGCUCGACGCCAUGCAGCCACGGAGAGAAGUCAAAUACAAAUACAAUUUCAUGCAGAAGUACUACCACAGGGGUGCCUUCUUCCAAGAUCUCGCUCGCAGCGGAGAAGAAGCGCUUUAUCUGCGCGACUACAACGCACCCGUCGGAGAAGACAAGUGGGACAAGAAGAUUUUGCCUUCUGCAAUGCGCGUUCGCCGUGGAGAAUUUGGGCGGCAGGGCCAGACGAAACAUACACAUCUUGUCGACGUGGACACGACGGAUUUCACCAGUGCUUGGGCCUUCAACACAAAAAUCAAAGAGAAAACAGACAGCAAAAUGGGAGGACGAAAAGGCGCCAAGGAGUUCGAUCGUCCCGCGGCAAGGCCGAAGAAGUGAACAGAAGCGGGUCGUCUUUCCUCGUCGCGUCUCCACCUGGAUUGAUUUCCUGCUCUCUCCAGACUCGUCAGUUGGCUUUUUGCGGCGCUUCGCUGUCCACAGGGGGUGCGCAUACACGCGUAGGCCAGGUCGCCCUCUGUGUGGUGUGCAGCGUCGCGUCCUGUUUCUUCUUGCGUCUUCGUCUUGGUUGCUCCUGCCGUAGCGCCGGGUCUUGCGUAGUCUCCAGCCGUGAUGCGUGCGACAGCGGGCCUCUCGAAUUCUUCUCUACGGCGUCUGCAGCUUUCUUCGUCGUCGCGCUUUGCGUUGGAGAUUCUCUGUUCCCCUUCGCACUUCUUUCGCAAACGCAUGGCUUUCACCGAUUCAGGAAAAGCGUUUUUUCCGCGUGCGUUGCUUUCUAGUUUGGUGUCUGCGAUCCUUCUCGAGUUCUGAUUGUGAUGUAGGGACACAAGGAGAUACCGUUUCCAGGCUUUCAAGUCUUUCUCUUUUUCUGGGAGCGCUGCUUUUCUCUGCUGGCGCUCCCCCACUCUCUGCAGAUCUGCGUCGUGGUAGUUUUGCCUUUUCAGAGAUUGUCUUUCUUAAAGCGCGAGAGUCACAUGUCUUCAAAUGCCGCAGCCGUUCUCUCGUUUGCUCCUUCCAUUUCCCGGUCUUUGCUGUUGACCCUUGGCACACAUCCAGAACCGGCUAUCGUCACUUUUCCCUGUAAAUCGCUCUCUCUCCACUGCCUUUCUUCCUCCUUCCCCCCGUCCCCCUGUAGGGGUGGCAGCAGAGAAGUUCUGAUCUGCAGGCAGCGCUGCGUCAGGCGUUUCAUUCUGUUGCCGGGGCCUCUUUCGUUGUCGAGGAAAACAUCAUAAGAAAAGGAAAACCAGGUGAAGUCUUUGUCACGUUUGCAUACAUCAGGCGGCCACAGAUCAAAGACUUGCGAAGCAAUAAAAGCCUGUCCAUUUUUUGGGUUCGUGACCGAGAAACUGCCCAGAAACAGAUCUAGCGGAGGGGCGGAGUCUUGCUUUCUCUUUGAGGCGCGUCGGGACAGAAA